AUGCAUCGCUCCCUACGCUCGUCUGCGGCCCAGGCGGCGCGCUCAAAUAACCCAACCACCCCAGAGCCCUCGACCAUCGCAGACCCUGCAACCUCUGCGCCGCAUCCUCCCAAGUCGCCCGGAAGACCACGAUUGCGCCUCCGCAAACGAACCGCUUCUAAUCUCGCCGCGCCGACUAAGGACUUCCUCGCCUCAGUCGCGGCUGCAGACGUCCCCAUCCCGAGUAUUGAGGAGCCUGGCGUCGUCGACGAAGACAUGAUCGACUCUGCUUACCCCUCCAUCUCUGGCGACAUCGAACAAAUCGACUUUUACCAUUCCGCGCGACAAUCCUGGGCUGGGCGCACCUUUUCGCCGCCCAAGACGCCCGCACCCGGCGUCGUACCCCUUCUCGAACCCCAUCAGUUCCCGGAUUGGUCUCUCGACAGCACUCUGAGCAGCCUAGAAUCCAGUCCUGACUACGAAUCCAGCCGCCCCUCGACAGCGCGAUCAACACAGACGAGCUCCUCGCUAUUCAGCAGAUACUCGGUGGCCUCGGAGGAGCUGAGCCAAUGUGUCAGCCCCGAGUCUGAGUAUACCGACCGCUUCGGUAGCUUCCUUUCUGCAGAGGACGCGCAUCGUGCCUCCAAACCCCGUACCGCCUCCCUCAGAACCAGAAAAGCGCCUUGGACUAGAUCCAUGGGCCAACAUCUUUGGGCGACUUAUAUAAUGUAUCUACAAGACCCCAAGGUGACCCCAUUCCGCAUCGGCAAGAGUGGAAUCCCACCCCAUGGCGUCUGCCUCAGGGUCGCUCGUGAAGCCAAGCGAAGUUGGCGACGGUCAAAGCCUUCCACACAACCCCAAGAAAGUCGCAAUACCACCCCCACGGCGGAGUCGCUCCGUCCCGCUUCCCAGUGGCCUCAUACGUGCGCCGCCACCCGUGGUUAUCUCCGCGAGCUCUGCAAGACUAGCACCGGCUCCGCUGCCCGCAACAACCGGUACAACGCCAACAGCCCAACGCCGUUUGGCAAGACCGCCAGCCGCUAUAGGAAUCGACGCUCAGCGCCGCCCAAGCAGCAACACUCUGUAUUUUCAGCCUCCGAGAUGUCCAUGUCUCUGAGCAUGAGCACAAGCGAGUCUAUGCAACCGCAUGGGCCAUUGGCUCGACUAAGCACGUCGCGUCACGAGCCCAGCUCCAUCACCGCGCCAGCCUCUCUCCGCACAGGAUCCGGGCCUCUUCUUGAAGAGAGCGCACCGCUGGGCUCUCCCUUUGUUAUCAAGAGCUGCGGUCCCAGUGUGUCCACGACACUCGAGGACCCUUUUGGCCUCUCCGGGGCGCCCAUGCGCCAGAACCAGACAGCGGGGGGCCGGAACCGAAGUUUAGGGUCCCCGGCGAGACUGGUCCAGAGUCGGCCGAGCUCCCAGAAGCGGCGCCAGGCGGUGCCCGAGUCGCGCCGGCGCAAGCGUCCCAGUCUCGGCACCGACUUUUGGACGGACCCGUCUAACAAGAGUGACGGCAGCCUACAAGGCUCGCACUCCUUUAGCGAGUUUUGCUCAACGUCGGCGCGCGACCGCGACACCCUGUUUGUGCCGCGCACCAACAUCCAGCAGCUCUUUGAAGCCGCCGCGCAGCCGUCCCGGGGAGGCCCAACGGCGGCGCUCACGGGCCCCAUGACGGCGCAGCAGCAGCCCACGCUCCGCGCCACCCCUGCGCGGCUGGGCUCGCCGUUUGUCGUGGCCAGCACGAGCCAGUCGUUUCCCAAUCGCUUUUCCAGCCCGGGCCGCAUCGAAAUGAGCGCCCUCCGCCGGCCCUACGCAACGGUCCAGCAAGGGACCGCCGCCGAGAGCAGCAGCGCGAACAAUGCCUCGCUGGCCAACCGUUUGGCGUACAUUGAUGACCGUCUCCGGUCCAUCAACCGCCCAGAAGAGGAGCUCCGCCGCUCCCAGUCGCCGCAAUCACUCACAUCUACCCUUGAACAUGACGACUACAGACCUGCAGAAAACAAAGCAAACAUCUACCCUUGA